CACAUGCCAGGAUGCCAGCAAAAUAUAGUUGAUGUAUCACAGAAGUGCGCGACAUAAGUGUCUAGUCUGUAGCACGUGUUCAUGUCCCACCGUGGAUGGUUUGAGAAACAAAACGACUGGGCUUGAUAGGUCACAGUUCAACGAAAUACACAUGACCGGGCCAAUGCUGGACAUGUGACCAAUCUCUGGUCACAAGGUCACGGUAAGGGUUGCCGUGAACUACUCAGGUUCGGGCUACAUGAGCACGUUUGUCUCAUCCUAUCGUCUUCUCUUUCGCCCGUACUCAGUCAUGCAUACACUGUAUACAGAAGCUGGUCGUGCGUAAUACAAUCUCAAUUUGGGAAACCCACCAGUCUCGGUUUCUUCAACUUACUACCGGGUUUGAAAACCACGCGACAAUUCAUGAGUAUCCUCACAGCUUUGUGUUCAUUGAAACUGGAUAUAUACACCGUCUAGUAGCACUGGGGUAUAUGCAUAUAUCUACAGAAGGGCACAUGUUCGUAUUACCUGGAUCAAACGUGGUGUCACAGCGACCUACAGAAAUAUGUUGCUUUGUGGAUUACCAAAUUCAGGCGUAUUCAGUGUAAACUUGAUUUAACUUCCGAAGCCCGUGUACAAAAUGUCAAGAAUAAUUGUGAAUGAACAUACAGAUCACACAGUCGUGAUGGAUAUACCUUACCAAACCUACCGCAAAAGUCAAGAUAAAUAUUGCCUUGAUCUGUUUCUACCUCGUAGCUUUUUCUCUCCAGGGAAAGACCAGAUUCAAAAGAUGUUUACUCCGGAAUACCCACUUAACCACAAACAGGUCGUCGAAAGAGAUUCUCAUUCUCUUCUUAAACAAACAGCAUCGUGUUGUCAUGAUCAGAAAGCACCAGCGUGCAGUAAUGGCAAAGCCAGUCCCCCGCCAGUGGUGGUGUUUGUGCAUGGUGGUGGGUGGCAGAGGGGAUGUAGACGCGCCUGGACUUACUUUGGGGGUAGCAUCAACCUUCUGUCCAGUUUCAUCACAUGGUCCUUUGGUCUUUACCAAAACGUAGGAUCGAGUUUGGCGAGCCGUGGGGUGGCGUGUGCAGUUAUUUCCUACCCACUCACUCGUCCCGCGAUGCCCUUGGUUCUGCUGGACAUCAUUGUGUCCUACUCUUGUAGUGCUAUCUUUUCUUCCAUGGUUUACCAACUGAUAUCUAUAACUUGCCUUUUCAUUCAUUCUACAUGCUCCUUUCUCAUGAAAUGGGAACAUGCCUUGGUGAUAAAUGAAAACAGUAUGGAAAGUGCAAACCGCACAUUUGUACUCAGCGUGACAUUGUCAUCUAUGUUCAUCUUCAACAAUUAUUUGAUUUUAUUAGCAAUGUUUAUAUGCAGUUGUAACAACCCUUUCAAAGGCAUACCUCCACUUGUAGCAAGAUUGCUGUGGACAACAGUCAGUGUCCUUCUUGCUCACCUAUCAUCCGUGUUGGGCAGCGAAACAGCUGCCUACACAUAUCUGUGUACAUCAUUGUUGUGCAUCAGCAUCCAGCUUCACAGUGCCAGGCAGUGGCAGCCUGUCUCCAACUCACAGCAGAUACGAGCCAUAACUACAGCUUUCAAAUGGAUCAAGAACUGCAGUGAACGCACGUCUCUGUUCGAUUCAAAAUCUAUAUUCCUGAUGGGUCACUCGGCGGGUGGUCAGCUUGUUUCUCAACUAGCCCUGGACAAACAUCAUCUAGAAGACGGCGGAUGCUCGUCCAGUGACAUUAAGGGUGUUGUCUCUAUCUCUGGGGUGUAUGACUUACAGAAGCUUUCAUCCCCCGUCUUGAGACGCCUGUAUCUCCACCCCGCCUUCGGCCCACUCCCUGACAACUGGCUUCAGGCCUCCCCGAUCAUCCUCAUCUCAGAACCAAUCGGUGGAAGGAGUUGUCCCCCCUUUCUGCUUCUAACAGCACAGAUUGAUGGGCAUUUGAAUCGUGACGCCGACGAGUUCUGCGAGAAGCUCAAAUUGAGGAAUGUUCCCGUCAUAAAGCAUAUUAUUCCAUUAACUAUGCACUUAACCAUCAUGGCUUGUUUCUCAGUGUUUCAGUCGUCUGUUUGUCAAAAAUGCGUUGAUUUCAUCAAGGAUAACACCUCAUAGUGCCGCAUUUCAUUAAAAGUGGACAGUUUCUAUAUAAACAAUUGUAUUUAAUUAUGUACAUUCUGAUGAGCAAUUAGUAAUAACGGUGGUGCAUAGUACAAUAUUCUUUAGGUUCGCCUUAUUUUCAUCCUGUUUUUUAGCCUUGUUUGUGGUAAUGAAUACACAAUGCCAUUUAGAAAGUGGUCAAAUUGUAUAUUUAGGAUUACACUUUUUCAGUAAAGUUCAGAUUCUAGUACUUUUGGGGGAUUGAGUCCCAUCUGAGAUUCCAACCCAAACUCUCAGAGUCAGGGACCUUAUCGCCAGCACACAAAGUCAGUGAUCUAACCGACUCUGUCACUACCUUUCCACAAACAAUCUGAAAACUGAACGAAUGAAAGCUAGGAGUGGGUCAGUUUAGUUUUACACAACACUCAGCAAUAUUUCAGCUAUAUGGCGCGGUGUGUAAGUAAUCAAGCAUGGACCAAACAAUCCAGUGAUCAACAGC